AAAUUAAAAAAAAAUAUGCAAUACUUGAAAGGGUUUUUUUAAUAAAACAAAAACUCUUGGCAUCUUCAGAACAUAAUAAAAUGACCUCUGACCUUCCUCCACAAAAUCGAAACACUAACUUUAAACUUUUUCCACAUGUGGCCAAUCAGACUGGAACAUUUUCACACUGGUACAGUGGGAAUGAAGAGUCAACAACUGCCGCUUCGUCAGUCUUCACUUGAAGAAAGAAAUGACAAAAACAUUACCAACACUGGCAGUGAAGGAUUAGAUAAGACUCAGAAUAGUCAUUGGAUUAACCAAGGAAAUUCUGCUUCAAGCUCUGUUUUGAUUGCCUAUCAGGAUAAACUCCCAGUUCAUUUAAAUAAUCUUGAGAGAACUUCAGUAUUAGGCCCAAAGAAUGCACCAGCUGCAGGUCCUACUCGAGAGACCAUGAAAUGCACUGAAAACACUUUGGGUUUUACCAAACUUAGUAGCUCUGACAGAGUCCUACCAGAAAAUACAUCAGUUAGCACUGGGGAAGCCUCACUUCUCCACUCUGUUCUAAAUAGUAUGAAUAUUUUGCAAGAAAAAAAGUCUGGUGCUCUUGCUAAUAAAAUGUCUAGCCUCCUUCAGAAUGAAAAAACAGCUUCCACUUUAACACUGUCAGGAGGAAGUUCACUGGCCAACAAAAGAGAAGUAAAAGGUGCUGUAGAGACAGUGCAGUGUUCAAUAUCAGCAUGUCCUGAAUUGGAUCAGCACACUAAAGGCGUUUGUUCUCAGCCAACGGAGAACAGCAAAAUGUUGAACAACGAGAAGAUACUCAGUACUUCUCACAUAAAUCCUCUUGCUUCAGAAACAGCUGAACUAGGUGUAACUAAUGGUGUAGCUGAGAAUACAUCACCACCAGUUGCUACUGGAAACUCAUUUUCUAAAAUGAACAGCUGUACUACUUCUAUGGAAGAGCUAGCGGCAUGUCUUGCUUUGUGGAGAAAGUGUCCUUCAGAAUCUGUGGAUGUUCAAUAUAGUCAGUCAAAUAAAAGCAUAGAAUCAAAUCUGAUUUCAUCAUCUUAUGAAGGAUUUCAUGAUCAGAGUACAUGUCGUAUCUUGGAAAACAACCAAACUGCAGUAACUAAAGGUGACCUAAAUAAAGUUACAAUAAGUACAAAUGAAACAACUCUGUCUUCUACAACUCCUUCUGUUGGGCAAAAACAUGAUACAUUGGGUUCCAACUUGAUCAAGGGUUUUGAACCCCAAGUUGCUGUAGUUUCUCCUUUAAUACUUUCUAAAGAGAGAACUUUAAGUGAACAUCAAGAAAAAAAUACAUUUUCUGCUGAAAUUUAUCCAUUGUUUGAAGGAGGUAGUGUAUGUAGUCUACAAGAAGAGAAACAAGAAGAUGUUUCAGUAGUGGGAAAUACCAAUAAAGGGAUAGUGGAAACUACUUACUUACUAUCCAAUACAUGUAUUCCAAUACAGAAAGUGGAUUCAGAUAUGCAGUACACCAAAUCAGCUAAUGGAAACAAAAUAGUAAAAGAUGCUGUAAAUUCAAACUACUCAUAUGAUGUAAACAAAAGGAAAGCUGAUCAGUUUGCACAAGAAGUGAAAAAAACUAACAUGCAGCUCAGUUUACAAAACAAAACUUCUUUGCCCAAAACAAGCACAAAUGGUUCUAGUCUAGUGUCUCAAGAUGAUCUAACAAAGAAUAAAGAUUGUGAGGACUUUGUAGAACCAGGGGGCGCUACCACGAUUGUAUCAGAGGAUGACAUGUUACAGAUUUCCAGUGUAUGUUCACUUGUUGAAAGUGAUGCAUCUUAUAAUUCACAAAUAGCCAAUAUGUUCAGUUCUGUCCCUUUGAUGCAUUUAGAGAAAAAUGAUGCCUUGUUAGAAGAAAAUAUCUCUAAUACAAAGCAUAAAGAACAACAAUUGGACACUUGUAAAGGAGAAUCUGAAAUGAAAACAAAUAUGUUAGAGGGUGAGAGUUUUCUGCCAUUGCAAAAACCUGUGUCUAAAGCAGUUUCCACAACAAAGCCAUUAGGAGUACCAAGUUUAGAGAUGUUUCCAUGUGCUACAAAUCAGUAUAAUAAAAGGAUUUUUGAUGAUGUAAAUGUAAGCAGUUUGGAGGAAGAAAAAAAUGAAGACACUUCUAAAACUGUUUGUAGCUCGGGACAAAAAAUAGUGCAAAAUAUAGUUUCCGGGAAUGGAGAAAAUGUUGUUGAUGUUAACCAGGAGUUGAUCAGAAACAAACAAGACCUAUCAUUUAAGGUAAUCGGUGAAACAGAUGUCUAUUCUACUGCAAAGGAAGAAAAUACACAAGAACAUAUAUUCAAUGAAGGGGAAAAUACAGUGGACAAUGGGAUUAGUGGUAAUAGAGCCGUACCUGUAACCUUUCUAAAUGAUCAGCUGACUGAACUUUUAAAAGAGUUUCCUUAUGGGAUUGAAGGUGUAGACGUACUGAUGAAAGAGCUGACUAAAAAUGAAGUUUCUGUGAUUGAGCCAACAGAGAAUCAAGUUGAAAAAGGAACUCAAGCUUAUAGCAAAAGCUGUGAUCCUAAGGAUCCAAUAAACCAAAUAAAAAUCACAAUACUAAAUUCAGAACAAAUGAAAGAACUGUUCCCUGAACAUAGUCACCAAUCCUGUAACAAAGUCAUGGUGGAAAACACUGAAAAUCAACAACUGGAAAUCAGUUCAUCAGAGAGAGAGACUUUAGAAAGCCAAAUCCAGCCUGAUCAGAAUCUAGGCAUGGAGAGGGAAAAGAACACGCAGGAAACCGCAGCCCCAAAACGAGAUAAAAAAUUUACGUAUUGUUGUUUAAUGGGUUGGCUAGCUGCAGUUUAUGCAGUGCCAGCGUGCUCAUGCAAAUCUCAAGAGGAUGCUGCUUCGGAGAAACAGGAUGGUGGCAAUCAGUGUUCAGAAUCUGAAAACACUGGCUUUAAAGGGAGACAGGAAACAACGAGUAGAACUGGUCUCAUAACAAAGACUAACUGUGCAGUGGGAAACAACCUGCAGCUUCCUGUCAAAUUACAUGAUACAAGCAAAAAUCUUCCCACAUUAGACAAAGAUAGAAAAUAUGCCCAAAACUCUACAAUAAACAAAGAUAUUAAGCUAAACAAUGCCCAAAACUCUACAAUAAACAAAGAUAUUAAGCUAAACAAAUCAGCUAAAGCACACCAAGAAAUAAUCAGACCUUUUCAUUCUUCUGAGAAAAGAGAAACUGAUCAAUUCAAAAGAAUGAAUGGCCAGCGGAGCAGAGAGUUGCAACUCCAUGUAUUGACUCCCUCUUCGGAGAAAGAAGUUUGGACUAGUGAAACAGAUUCUCAGAAAUGCACGAGGCAGGAAUUUGCUUCAGGAAAGGUCCAUCAUACAAAUGUAGAACACUUGAUAAUAUCAACUAAAAAAAAAGAAAAAGUCUGUAAGAUGGAAUCCUUUGAAAAAGAUCAAACACAAACAGAAGGGUUGGCCAUGAAAUCCAAGACACAUGUCCACAAUUCAAAAAUUUCAGAAACCAUUGAGGUCAAACAAACUAAAAUAUAUGAAGAACAUAAAUAUAAAAAACUUGAACAGAGUGCAGGUGAAGCACACAGAGUUAAGAGACAUAAUUACACAUUUAGCAAGAAUGGACAAAUUAAAGAGAAGACAAAAUUGCCAACGGAAAUAAAACAUAAGUCAGAUAAUCAUCAUGGAGCCACAAGAAAAUCCCCAAAUGCAAGCUCAAGAAAGUAUGAAUAUUCUCAGCAUAAAUCUAUAAAUAUCCUACCUUCACAGGAACGUUUAUAUAGACAAAAACGGAAAGAAAACGUGAUUGGGGAGAGAGACUCCAAAAAAUCAAAAUUGGAUAGUGAAAGAAUCAAAUAUGAAACGAACACUUUCAAACGUGCAGGAUAUAAUAAACAAAGUACUGAUGUGGCAUAUUUUGAGAAAUCUGCAACAUCGAAAGAAGAAAAUGUCUGGAAAUAUAAAAACUUAUUCUUAGCAAAUCAUAAUUAUAUCCCCAAACCAAAGAAAAAAAAAGGGCGCCCUUCUAAAAAGUCUAAAACCUACUUUUCUGGCAAAGAGAAAGACCUGGAUGUUCAGAAUAGAGAGAAACAGUCUGAAAAAAAUCGAAAAACUAGUAGACUGAACAUUUCUCUUAAAAGGGAACAACAGAAAAACUAUCUGAAUAGAGUUGCGUUUAUACGUACUGCCCAAGAAAGCAUUUGUCUGACAAAACUAGACACAACACCUGCCAAACCCAUAUGGCAUAUAAAAUCUAAUAAAGUUCCAGAGCCCAGCCAGGACUGGAAAACUGAUAGCUCACCUUCAGAAGAGGAUAAACUACACAGACCACAAAUGCUUGAGUUUAAAUUGUGUCCAGAGAUACUCUUCAGAAAUACAGCCAGUGAUGGAGAGAGUUUGGAUAUUGCACACUCCUCUGAAAGAGACACAUCCCUUGUGGCAGGGGUCAAAAGCAAAAAGGAAGAUUGGUUAAAUUAUAUCCCAAUGAAGCAAAGAAAAACUGAAGGAACAGCUCAAGUUGAUGAUGAUAUUCCACUUGAUGCAGCAAUACAAAUCCUGGAAGGAAAUGAGGCUCUUCAUGUUCCAGUCAAGGACUCGAAAACGAUGUUUCAGACCUACAGGAAAAUGUAUCUGGCAAAAAGAAGCAGAAGCCUUGAUAGUAGCUGUUCAAAAUAGGUCGUCUUCAGUCAUAAAACAACAAAAAUCCAUUUGUGCGAACUAAAUUUGUGUGUUGCUGAUCUUCAGUAUACAUUUAUUUUUUGUUUAAGCAAAUAAGAUCUUACGCUGAAAAUGUCAGUGUUAAAAAUGUUAACCCUUAUCAAAUGUAUUUGAUUUUUUUUUCUUUUUCAAACUACAGGCUUUAAUUGAAGCUAGCAAAAUUUCAAGAGCAUUUAAACCAUCCAGAUUGUUUUAUCAAUAGAUCAACUGCUUUACUUUCUGGUUCUGGAAAAUCUCCUCCCCUCAGAGACUUUCCAUUGCUGGCAAUGGAAAUAUGACCAGUGCAAAGGGAUCAGUGGUAGAUUCCUAAAUGUUACAUAAUAUCUUCUAUUUAUCCUGUUCUAAUUAGUUCUGUUUUUAACAAGGCUUUCUUAUUUGAGGUCGGGGGGUGGGGGGGUGAGAUGUUAAUAUUUUUUUACGUGGCAGACAGAACAAUGCAACAAAGCAACUGAACCUGAGCGUACUGAUCAAGGGAUACCAUGAAGUAUUUAUGCUGCUACUCAGUUUUACUAAACUGAACUUUAUAAAACUCCUUAGAAAAUAAGGGCUUGUCUACAAUACAACUUAAGUCAAUGUAAAUUACAUCACUCAGGGAUGUGAAAAAGCCACCCCUUAAGUGAUGCAAGUUAUAUCGACCUAAGCCCUGUCCAGGCUAGCGCGGUGUCGGCGGGAGAUGUUCUCCUGACAACAUAUUUUCCACCUCUUGCUGAGGUGGAGUAAUUAUGCUGACGGGAGAACACUUUCCCGUCACCAUAACGCGUCUUCACCAGAAUGUAGCGCAGUAGUGUAGAUUAGCCCUUAAUCAGUAAUUCCUUAUCUUAACAUUGUACUGCAAGUUGAUGACCAGUUGAUGCUUUUCAUCCUGAAUUUAGGGUAAUUUUCUCCUACUUUCUUUAUAUUUGAAAGAAAAGGAGCAGUAGUUGAAUUCUAGGAAGUUUGAGUUCAUGUUGUCUAAGCUAUUACAGUCACUGGUUAAAGUGAAUAAAGUGGAUUUCUAUGUUUCUAAGCUACAUUAGCUAAUGUUUAAAACUGCACACACUGUGAUAUGGAUUAUAUUCAUUAUUGAUGGUUGUUUUGUUCCUUUUGCUCACAGUGUUCAGAAUUUUGAAUUUAAUUGUAUUUUUUCAGAACUUUUGUCAUUUAAUUUUUUACAUGUUUAUACUGAAAAUAUAGCCAGUGUGGAUAAUUAACUGAACCAUUUUCAUAUAUUAAAUAAACUUAUUUUGAGCAUUA